GUUUGACGAGACUGUCCCCAGACGCCUGUUCCCUGGCCAGCUGCGGGACGGAACGCGCCCGGGGCGGGGAGACGCGGCCUCGCAGGGGCCUGCAUUCCGGGCAUAGUUUGCCGGAGUGUUUGAAAGCUCACUGCAGAACACGCUGGCGAACGAGGCGGAAAAUGCACACGGUGAACUCGGUGCGGGUCAGCGCGUACGCAGGCGUCCGGAUGUUUUCAGCGGAAGUCUGCUUCUAAGCUUCGUACUGCUGGGAGGCGACAAGAACUCGGCGAUUGUGGCGAGAAGGAGAUGACAGUGGCUUGUCACACAUCCAAACGUUUCGGUUCUAAGUUAGGCCAGCGGCUAAGGGAGGACAGAAGGUUGGAAGGAGGAGUGAUGUUUUAAAAACCGCAACGCUUGAAAUCGGCAAGCUGAAAUGGGAAGGCGGUGUAGUGUGCGCGCUGGCGGGGACCCGUCCUGGGGCAGCCUGGCGGGGCUGCGCCUGCCCGGGGCUCCUCCCUCCGCGCACGUCCAUCCUGCUGUCAGAGAGACUCCCGCCAUGGAAGUAACUAGAGUAAGGCUGAACGCACGUUCCCGCACUGCCAGCAUCGGACGUCUGGCCCGGCACCUGGAGGGCACCGAGGCACUGAGCCAGGGCCCCCUGAGUGCACCUUAGGAAGGAUGUGAUGCAUAGAAACUCAUCUAACCUGUGGGUGGAAACCACUUGGAACUCUGGAAGGCACACCUUUGAGCCUUUGUAAACAUGGGCUUCUGUACCGGGAUUGCGGUUGCAAAUUCUUACCUUAUUCCGUCAGGAUGACAAUGAAGAGAAUUCAAAUGAUGGGACCCAGCCAUCCAAAAGGAGGCGAAUGGGCUCAGGAGAUAGUUCUAGGAGUUGUGAAACCUCAAGUCAAGAUCUCGGCUUUAGUUACUAUCCAGCAGAAAAUUUGAUAGAGUACAAAUGGCCACCUGAUGAAACAGGAGAAUACUAUAUGCUUCAAGAACAAGUCAGUGAAUAUUUGGGUGUGACCUCCUUUAAAAGGAAAUAUCCAGAUUUAGAGCGACGAGAUUUGUCUCACAAGGAGAAACUCUACCUGAGAGAGCUAAAUGUCAUUACUGAAACUCAGUGCACUCUAGGUUUAACAGCAUUGCGCAGUGAUGAGGUGAUUGAUUUAAUGAUAAAAGAAUACCCAACCAAACAUGCUGAAUAUUCUGUUAUUCUACAAGAAAAAGAACGUCAACGAAUUACAGACCAUUAUAAAGAGUAUUCUCAAAUGCAACAACAGAAUACUCAGAAAGUUGAAGCUAGUAAAGUGCCUGAAUAUAUUAAGAAAGCUGCCAAAAAAGCAGCUGAAUUUAACAGCAACUUAAACCGAGAACGCAUGGAAGAAAGAAGAGCUUAUUUUGACUUGCAGACACAUGUUAUCCAGGUGCCUCAAGGGAAGUACAAAGUUUUGCCAACAGAGCGAACAAAGGUCAGUUCUUACCCAGUGGCUCUCAUCCCCGGACAGUUCCAGGAAUAUUAUAAGAGGUACUCACCAGAUGAGUUGCGGUAUCUGCCAUUAAACACAGCCCUGUAUGAGCCCCCUCUGGAUCCUGAGCUCCCUGCUCUAGACAGUGACGGUGACUCAGAUGAUGGCGAAGAUGGUCGAGGUGAUGAGAAACAGAAAAAUAAAGGCACUUCGGACAGCUCCUCUGGCAAUGUAUCUGAAGGGGAAAGCCCUCCUGACAGCCAGGAGGACUCUUUCCAGGGAAGACAGAAAUCAAAAGACAAAGCUGCCACUCCAAGAAAAGAUGGUCCCAAACGUUCUGUACUGUCCAAGUCAGUUCCUGGGUACAAGCCAAAGGUCAUUCCAAAUGCUAUAUGUGGAAUUUGUCUGAAGGGUAAGGAGUCCAACAAGAAAGGAAAGGCUGAAUCACUUAUACACUGCUCCCAAUGUGAGAAUAGUGGCCAUCCUUCUUGCCUGGAUAUGACAAUGGAGCUUGUUUCUAUGAUUAAGACGUACCCAUGGCAGUGUAUGGAAUGUAAAACAUGCAUUAUAUGCGGACAACCCCACCAUGAAGAAGAAAUGAUGUUCUGUGAUGUGUGUGACAGAGGUUAUCAUACUUUUUGUGUGGGCCUUGGUGCUAUUCCAUCAGGUCGCUGGAUUUGUGACUGUUGUCAGCGGGCUCCCCCAACACCCAAGAAAGUGGGCAGAAGGGGGAAAAACAGCAAAGAGGGAUAAAAUAGUUUUUGACCCUAAUGUUGUAUAUGCAUUUAAGUGGAGUAUUUGGUGCCAAUUUAUUUACAACAUCUUCAUUUUUAUGCUAAUAAAAGAUUUUUUUU